AUGUCGCACAGCGGUUCACGCCCCGUGUCACCCAGAGUGGCCGACGGGGCUGUCCAACAAUAUGAGGGGCAGGUGGAUUAUAUAAUCAGUGAUUAUAUGGAAAGAUUAGGAACAAGAUUGAAUAUAUUAGAAACGGAAUUAAAGUAUGCUUGGCGUGCAUUAGAUCUACUGUCACAAGAAUACGUAAAAAUGUGGGAGAGGCUAGAAAAACUUGAAGCUUUGCUCUGUGAGCAACAAAGUGUCAUAGCACAUCUCCUGGAAUUAUAUACAGCAGAAGGUGGUGAUCUUAGUGCGUUAAACGUCCUAUUACCAAUAGCACAAAGUGGUAUGGGUCAACUAGAAGUCAUACGAGAAAUACUAGGUAAUGGAACGGUCGAAGAUGGCCUCGAAGAAGGUGUUGAUGUCACGAGUGGAGCCCCGCCGAACGAAGCUUUUUAUAGAUCCUUGAAUCAAGCUUACAGGGAAGACCUGGUCGGCGGUGAAUCUUCCAGAUCAGCAUCGCAAUUGGGUUUAAUAUGGGAAGAUCCUGAAGAAUCCGAAGAAAGUGCGGCUAAUAAAGCCAGCGAAGCAGAGGUACAAAAAUUAAUGGACGAAGCUAUGUCUGAAGAAACGCAAGAAAUAUUUAGUUCAAUCGAUUAUAAAUAUUAUAGAGGCAAUUCUCCAUGUGUUAGUGAGCAUGAUUUGGCGCAAUUGACGCGACUAAAUUCAAUGGACAGAGCUGCUAUUGAGAAACUACAUGAAUUAGAUAGAUUAACUGGUAAGAUGCAAGUUGACAGUCAGAGUAUUAAAGAAUUAGAAACACAUUUGUUAGAAAGUCCUAGAAUAAUAAAUCAACGGCAGCUGCAAGAUGCUGCGACUUCGGAAGCCGAAGCAAGAGUUCUAGCUGAAGAUAGUAGUAUUAUAGAUGAACAAUUACGGCAGAUGUAUACCAAUCCAGAUUGGACUUUCAGCAGCGGAUCUGUCGGAAUAGAUGAAAUUAUGUUAAUGGCGUCUGAUUCUCCGAAUAAAAAAAUUGAGUCUCGCUUAUCGACCGAUGAAGAAGUUGCUGAAGCCAUGUGCACUGGUUUUAGAAGUCCACGAGUCUCUUCGCCUCGACACAGAAUGCAUCACGAACCAGUUUCAAGUUCUGAACCAUACAGCACAGUAACAGGUCGUCUUGCCUAUAGUUCCGCUGUUCAAAACGCAGAUAUUAAAUCUCCGAAGCCUGCCAAAGAGAGGAAAUUUGUUUACAACCCAUUUUUACCAGGAUACGAUGAAAAUUUAGAUAACUCGAAUCUGAUAUCUACCCCAUUUUCUACUGUCUCUAGUAUUUCGCCUUCUAUUUUUAAGGUAACUAGCACUAAACCUGCGUCGCCUUCACCAUCAAUAUGCAGUGCUAGAACGAGACAAGAUGGCUAUUUAGAAUCUAGCGAAAAGAAUAAGGAUAGUUUAGAAAUGCAAGUUUCUAGUUCGCCAAGUCCACCACCACCAGCUCCACAGGAUACUGCAGAUAAUUUGAUGCUGCCUAAUGCAUCACCUCUACCGGGACCGUCUAUGUCUCAUAGUCCAGUCUUCCUUAGUGCUGAACAAGCGCAGAUACAGCCGUCAAUUAGUAGUAUAGAACAUGGACGACUAAGCCCACGAACUCCACACUCACCAAAAAGCCCCAGAACUUCCCCAAAACGAAAAUCAAGUUCUGACAUUGUGGCUGCAAAAUCAGAUUCUGGGUUAUCUUCUAUGAGUGGUUGGUCAAGCUUAGAAAAAUCUCCCGGUUCGCCAAAAUCUUCCAAAACACCAACUUCAAAUUACUUGAGUGAACUUAAUGCUAAUCGUAUUUCUGCAGCAAGAACAUCUUCUCCCAUGCCACCUGGAAUGAUAAAUCCCGAUAUGUAUCCUUACCAGCGCGAUAAUACUGCGUAUAGGCAAAGUAAUGCUGACUCAUAUAUGGACGAAAUUUUGAGGAUACCCUCGUGUACGUCAGAAAUUCAGAGACCGUAUCAACAAUCUGCUUUUACUUCUUUGACACAGUCAGUUCUAAGUAAUGGUGAUCUCUACAACUCUUUUGUUCCAUCACCGGCGCCCUCAAGUACAAGAAACGUAUCUCAUAGAUAUGUAACGGAAGUGCCUUAUAAUGAGGCAGCUUAUAGACAUCAGCCAGCAAUAUAUUCUGUUGCUGGUAGUAAUAGACAGGAAGUGUACACAUCUGUCUAUACUAGCAAUUCGUCGACCUCAAAUGCUCAACAGCAAGCUUUAAAUUAUCCUGAUCUUAUAGAGCCUUAUGGUAAUGAUGCUUACAAUCAACGUUUUCCACCCGAACCAAACUAUCACGCUCGAACAAGCAUUCCGCAUUCAUCUAGUACCCAUCAUCAUGGAAGUAAAAGAAAUUUGAGUAGAGCGCCUUCUACAACAUCGAUGCCUAGUGAAGGAAUGACUAAUCACGAAGGUUACAAAACUGCUAUGUAUCGUACUAUGUUCCCUACUGGAAAUUUAACUGAUGCGCUUGUAUAUUAUCCAACAUCUACUAGAUACGAUAGUCCUGUAUAUAAUGUACCUCCUGCUGAAUAUGAUGAACCUGAAGGUUGGGCACCACGAGAACAUAGGUCUCCUAUGGCAAUCCCACGCGAUAGUACUUCGGGUUCAAUAAGAUCUUCAGCUACAGUUCCAGCUGAUGCUGUACAAAAUAUCACAAUCGAACAGCGUAGAUACCAGCAAUAUCAACAGCAGCAAGCCGAAUAUCAGCGACAGCAACACAUUUAUCAAAAUGUACAAACAUACAACGCAUCCAUUGAAAGUAAACAACUUGACGAUCAAUAUCAAAAGACUUGGAACCAGAGGACACACUAUCUUGAACUCGAUUUACGAAAUAAAAAUUUUGCUGAUCAGAAUCAAAUGGGAGAAUUAUUUGAUGCUGGAGGUGUUAUUGUUUCUAAAUCCGGAUAUAUAUCUAUUUCGUCAGAUUUGAAGGACCGUAUACCAACUGAUAAGUUAGGUAAAAAGUCUAAACGCGGUUCGAUCAAAUCAGCAAUGAAUUCAGUGAGUCACUGGUUACCCGAUCUAAAUUUAAAGAAAAGGCAUCGUUCAAAUUCUUUACCUAUUGGAGUACAAAGAGAAGACUUGGAGUUAUCUAGAGAUAGCAAAUAUAAUUCAUCGCUAAAAGACAAAGUUAAAGAUCCAAACAGGAAGAAGAAGAAGUAUCCAUUAGUUGCAACUAUGUCUGGCAUAUUACAAAAAGCUAAAAGGAAAACGCAACACAGUGAUUUGUCACUCUCAGAUCCUGAGCAAUCAGAAACAGAAUGGAGUGGAGGGCGCUCGAGUGUAGGAGUUUCUGACAGUGAAGAAGGUAGCGUAUUUUCAGAAUCAGGGAAAGAUAUGUUUGCUAAAGUAGCAAGUAGUAAAAAAUCUAAAAAAACUGAGCCUCAAGCACAAGUAAUAGGUAACCAAGUAAUAUCUUCAAGUCAGUAUCAACUGAUAGCUAAUAGUCAACAGCAACAAAUUGCUCAAGAUAGACAACUAUAUAUUGAUGAAUCGCAAUACGAUGACGAUUUCAAUCAAAAUUUGAGGCAGGAAUCUACGAAACAGCAAUCAACAGAUUAUCAAUCUGAUAAUAAAAAUAUUCAAUUUCAACAAGUCCAAAAUGGUGGACAAGUUCAACAACAAAAUGAUGUUUUUCAACAAAUGCAAGUUCAAAAUGGUAAUUACCAACAGACGCAGAUGCAAAACGGUGAUCUGUCACAACAACCUCUAUUUGCUCAAGUACAAAAGCCCAAAUUACAGAGAGAAGCAACACAAGACUAUAAACAAGAUGCGGAAACUGAUUUAUCAGAUAAUGUACCGGGUGAAGAAGAAAACUCAGGAAAGAGUACUGGUAGUGGGUCAUCUUCUAUUUUUGUAACUGUAGGAGAGGCAAAACGCGGUACAGGUUCUGAUGAAUCCACAACUAGUGAAAAUCGUACUUUCCCGCCUGUAACUUUAGGAGGAGCAUCUAUGGAGUUUGCCGUGUCCAGGGCUCUCGGAAAAUAUAGAAAGCGACGGUCGACUUCUGCUUCUGAUGACCAAGCUGGUUCUGAGGACGCUGGUUCGAAAUCUGAUGAAACCGAACAACUGCAGGAUGUAGAAGAUACACAAAAACAGUCGCCACAAGGUGUUAAAACAAUAACCACAAAAAGUUCACCGGAGCUACUUCCUGCUAAAAGCGUAUCCUUAGAAGAACCACCGCAACCUGAAAGCAGUCCAUCAGCCUCAAGCCAUAGAAGUUAUACUGGAAGAAUGAUGCCACGUCAGCAACAAAGUUUAGAUAUACCAGGAGGCAGAGGUGAGGAUGAUGAUAAUAGAAGUACACACUCCAUGAGAAGUGGUAGAUCAUCGCGUCGUCAAAGCACUGAAGAAAGUAUUGAUAGUGAAGACGAAUGGUACAGGUACAAUGUAAGGCGUUUGGAAAUGGAAGAACAGGAUAUACACUACCGACCAGAACUUUCUGAACCUCUUCGAGAAGAGGCUGAAAAUGAAGAACAAUUCGGACCUGACGAAGAUGUGAAAGAACGAAUGUCUUUUGUUUUAAGAGAAUUAAAAAUGACCGUUAAACCUAUACCUGAUGUUCUCGAAGAAAAAGAGCUAAAUGCCCAAGUUAUAGCAUCCGCAAAACGACGAGAAAAAGAACAAGAGAGUAAGAAAAAAGAUAAAAAUCAUAAACGUGAAUCGACCGGGCCCAAAUCAGUCUAUGCUGAAUUUGCUAGAAUUACAGACUAUCAAACGUGGCGAGAUGCUGACGAAAAACAAGAACAAGAACAAGAAAUUGAGUCUGAUGUUGAAGCACCAAAAGACGAAGACGAAGACCGUUCAGAGCAUUCGUCAGGUGAUACCUCAGGGCCUGACAGUCCUCAUCAAAGUAUGGACGAAAUGGAAGACGAAGACUACGAAAAAGAGCAAAGUACCAUAAACCAACAACCAAUUAAAGAAGGUGGUGCACUAAUAAGAAAAUUUACUGGCGUCCCUAGCUACACUAGUGAACCAAUACCCGAACGUAAAUACAGUACUCGUGUUGAAGGAUGGUCUCUCAAAAAUAAAACUGACUCGUCUUCUACUAGCGUAGAAGAUCAAAGAGGUUCAGUUGAUAUACCAGAUGACCAGAAGGAUCAAGGCGGACCUUUGGGAAGCAAAUGGAAACUCCUGAAGGCACUCAAGGAGCGUAAAGCCGAAGAGAAGACUAACCAGGAGAAAAUUCAGGAGGCGGCCAGCACCCCUCAAGAUAAAAAUGGAACUGGUGCUGGAGGCGAAGGUGGUGGUCGCGGAAAUGGACAUCCAGGGGACAAUCCAUUUUACAGCAACAUCGACAGUAUGCCUGAUAUACGACCCAGGAGGAAAUCGAUACCAUUAGUUAGCGAGCUGGUGCUCAAGACUAUGGCCGCCACGAAACGAAACGCUGGAUUGACAUCAGCAGUUCCUAGAGCUACUCUUAAUGAUGAAGAACUGAAAAUGCACGUGUACAAAAAGACUUUACAAGCUCUAAUCUAUCCCAUAUCGUCUACGACUCCGCACAAUUUCGUCCUCUGGACUGCUACGUCGCCUACGUACUGCUACGAGUGCGAAGGGUUGCUGUGGGGCAUCGCUCGACAGGGCGUCAGGUGCACCGAGUGCGCGGUCAAGUGCCACGAGAAGUGCAAGGAUCUGCUCAACGCCGACUGCCUACAGAGGGCCGCCGAGAAGAGCUCGAAGCACGGCGCGGAGGACAAGGCCAACAGCAUCAUCACCGCCAUGAAGGAGAGGAUGAAGCAGAGGGAGAGGGAGAAGCCGGAGAUAUUCGAAUUGAUCAGGGAGGUUUUCACGGUCGAAGAUAAGAGUCAUGCAGGUCACAUGAAGGCGGUCAAGCAGUCCGUCUUAGACGGAACCUCUAAAUGGUCGGCCAAAAUAGCCAUCACAGUAAUUUGCGCGCAAGGUUUAAUAGCAAAAGAUAAAAGUGGCACUUCAGAUCCAUAUGUGACCGUUCAAGUGAGCAAAAUCAAGAAAAGGACCAGAACCAUGCCCCAGGAAUUGAAUCCAGUGUGGAAUGAAAAAUUUUACUUUGAAUGCCACAAUUCAUCCGACCGAAUAAAAGUGCGUGUGUGGGAUGAAGACAAUGAUUUGAAAUCGAAGCUCCGGCAAAAGCUGACGAGAGAAUCGGAUGACUUUUUGGGACAAACAAUCAUCGAGGUCCGUACCCUGUCAGGCGAGAUGGACGUCUGGUAUAACUUGGAGAAACGAACUGACAAAUCGGCUGUGUCUGGUGCCAUUCGCCUGCACAUAUCUGUUGAAAUUAAAGGCGAAGAAAAAGUAGCUCCUUACCACGUCCAAUACACUUGUCUGCACGAAAAUUUGUUUCAUUCCCUCUGCGAAACGAAUGGCGGAAUCGUUAGUUUACCAACCGCCAAGGGAGACGAAGCAUGGAAGGUUUAUUUCGACGAAGCUCCUGAAGAAAUCGUGGACGAAUUUGCUAUGCGAUAUGGAAUUGAAUCUAUUUACCAGGCUAUGACGCAUUUCCAUUGUUUAUCGACGAAGUAUCUGUGUCCUGGUGUGCCGGCUGUGAUGUCAACUCUUCUAGCAAAUAUUAACGCAUAUUACGCACAUACGACGGCUAGUUCCGCGGUAUCGGCUAGCGAUAGAUUUGCCGCCUCGAAUUUUGGCAAAGAGAAGUUCGUCAAACUCCUCGACCAACUCCACAACUCCUUACGAAUCGAUCUUUCAAUGUACAGAAACAAUUUCCCCGCAUCUAGCAACGAAAAACUCAUGGAUCUCAAAUCCACUGUAGAUCUCCUCACCAGUAUUACCUUCUUCCGAAUGAAAGUUCAAGAAUUAUCGAGUCCUCCAAGGGCUAGCACCGUUGUUAAAGAUUGUGUUAAAGCUUGCCUUAGGUCUACAUAUCAGUUCCUUUUCGAGAAUUGUUAUGAAUUGUAUAAUAGAGAAUUCCAAGUCGAUCCUAAUGAAGCGAAACGAGAUGCCGAGGAUGCUAGGAUGGAUCCUAGGUUGGAUAGUGUAGAUUUUUGGCAUAAAUUGAUUGCUCUUAUUGUGAGUGUUAUUGAAGAGGAUAAAAAUAGUUAUGCGCCGGUUUUGAACCAAUUUCCACAGGAACUGAAUAUUGGCCAGUUAUCGGCCGCCACCAUGUGGGGACUUUUUGCUGUGGAUAUGAAAUAUGCAUUAGAAGAACACGAGCAACAUAGGUUAUGCAAAUCUUCGGCAUACAUGAAUUUACAUUUCAAGGUGAAAUGGUUACAUACCAACUACGUCACCGAUGUACCGCCUUAUAAAGGAGCUGUUCCUGAUUAUCCUGCCUGGUUCGAACCUUUUGUCAUGCAAUGGUUAAACGAAAACGACGAUGUUUCAUUAGAAUACUUACAUGGAGCUUUCAAUAGGGAUAAGAAAGAUUGCUUCCAAAAGAGCAGCGAGCACGCACUGUUCUCCAACAGCGUGGUCGACGUAUUCACGCAACUCACGCAAUGCUUCGACGUCGUCUCGAAACUGGAAUGCCCCGAUCCGGAGAUUUGGAAGAGAUAUAUGAAGAGAUUCGCCAAGACGAUAGUCAAGGUGCUGAUCGCCUACGCGGAUAUCGUCAAGAAGGAAUUCCCGGAGCAUUUGAAGGAGGAAAGAAUAGCAUGUAUAUUGAUGAACAAUAUACAGCAAUUGAGGGUACAAUUACAAAAAAUGUUCGAGUCCAUGGGCGGCGAAAAAUUAGAGCAAGAUGCUGCAAGUAUCCUGAAUGAUUUGCAAGCCAACUUGAAUGGCGCUCUUGACGAACUGGCUGUGCAAUUUGCAAAGAGUCUUGAACCGCGAAUUACUGUGAGCGUGAAAGAACUAGGUGACAUGUUGUUGGCGAUCAAAGGCGGUGGAACAGUUGCCCUAAAUAACCCUCAAGUAAGGCAUACAGUUGCUGUUGAAGCUGAUGAAGUCUUAAGGCCACUGAUGGAUCUCCUGGAUGGCUCACUAACAUUAUACGCACAAUCUUGUGAGAAGACGGUCCUGAAGAGGCUUUUGAAGGAACUUUGGAAAAUUGUUAUGAGGAUAUUGGAGAAGACUGUUGUUUUGCCGCCGAUGACUGAUAAAACGAUAUUGUUCAAAAACUUCACGGACAAUGCUAAAAAUUUGGCUGCAAAUGCAAAGAUUGAAGAUAUGGGUAGAUUGUUUAAAAAUCAUAUGGCUGGUAAACAAGAUGUUAAGAAUGCUUUGAGUGGAGUUAUGGAUAUAUCAAAAGAGGUGGAAAAGAAUCUUUCGCCGAAACAAUGUGCAGUCCUGGACGUGGCCCUGGACACCAUCAAACAAUACUUCCAUGCUGGAGGAAAUGGUCUCAAAAAGACUUUCCUGGAAAAAAGUGCCGAAUUGCAGAGUUUACGAUAUGCCUUGUCAUUAUAUACACAAACGACGGAUACUUUGAUUAAAACGUUUGUCACUUCACAAAAUAAUGAAGUACCGCUAAGCGACAAAAUGCGUCAGCGUUCUAUAUCGCUGGAACACGACGAGGACGGCCUCGAGGGCCUAGAAGAGCCGCUCAAAGCCAAAAAGCGAAGAGAAUCGGAAAUUUCCGACAAUACAAUUACAUCGGAGGAAGGUGGUGUGGGUGAAAUUUCGAUUCAAGUUGAUCUUUUCACUCAUCCCGGAACCGGUGAACAUAAAAUCACAGUAAAAGUGGUGGCUGCAAAUGACCUAAAGUGGCAUGUGCCCUCUGGUAUGUUCCGUCCGUUCGUCGAGGUGAACCUGAUUGGACCGCACCUAUCCGACAAGAAGCGCAAGCAGGCCACCAAAUCCAAGAGCAACAAUUGGAGCCCCAAGUUCAACGAGUCUUUCAACUUUAUAAUCGGUAACGAAGAACAGUUGGAUUACUACGAGUUGCACAUUUGUGUGCGAGACUACUGUUUUGCACGAGAAGAUCGCUUAGUCGGCGUUGCUGUUUUGCAACUGAAGAAAGUAUUGGAAGAGCACGGUUCCUGCGCUCUAUGGCUGACCCUCGGUAAGAGGAUCCAGAUGGACGAAACAGGCUGGACGAUACUUCGAAUCCUUUCUCAAAGGAACAACGACGAUGUUGCCAAAGAAUUCGUCAAACUGAAAUCAGACAUUAGAAGUGAAAAUCCUUUGCCUGUGCAACAGUGAACAAUUAAUGUGAAGUGGACAAUUGAUAUUUAUAUAUAGUGUUUGGAUGAAAGAUGGGUUGCAAAAGGUAAAGUCUGCUAGUUACAUAAUUCGGAUAAAAGGUAUAACUUUCCUAAUAUACUUCAUACUCUUCUUAUUAUCUAAACCAUCUUAUAAUCUAAAUUAUAUAUUAUUGAAAUUGAUUCGGUUACGACUAAGAGUUUAAUUCGUACAACUUUUGGUUUUUGUAUGAUUUUAAAUUUAAAUUUCGAACAAUUGUUUUUUAACCAGUUAACUGUGGCGCUCACAUCAAACGGUUCCACACAAAGUUUUUUGACG